GGGAAGUCAUUUUCUCUGAAUGCAAUGUGAGGCAGCUAAAAGAUCAACGGCAUGUUCUUUCAACACGAUGUUGGAUGACAAUGUUUGACCUUUACUGCUCGCUGAAAUAGCCUCAAAAAUCACCACAAAACAAAAAGGAAGAUACAACACUAUUUACGUGUGAUGCGCAUGCUCAUGUCCAUAUUCAAUUUCUGCGAUAUAAGUAUUAAAUUAUUAUUAUUAUUAUUAUUAUUAUUAUCAUUAAAGUUUUAGCAUUUAUCACAAAAAAAGUUUCAGUUCAUGCCUGUAGAAUUUACUAGUUGAAUUCCCAUACAAAUCCUUGUAAUUAUGAUAAUAUCUCAAGGUCGGUGACCUCGGAAGCUUGGGUAAGCUGUGGGACAAUCUCUCGUCAGGGAGCAUUUUUCGUAUUCUUACUUUUUUAGUUUAUUUUUACAGUUGAAUACUGGGUGGAAUUCUACUCACGAAUGCCAGAAAAUAAAGUGAAGCGAUGCACCUUUGCCUCAACUGUUGAAAGAGAGAACGGCCGAGAAGUUGAUAAAGUGCAGAAGAGCUGCGGUGAUUACACAGCAUCUACUGAAAAUCUCAAGAGAGUAGACUUCAAUGUGAUUUCAGUUAAAAAGGAAGCCAGCAAGCCCUACCCUACAAGAGAGACACCUCUUACCGGUGAUUUUGAUGUAGAAUUGGACAACACUCGAGAAUCCACUGAGACACCAUUUACAAAGUCAAGAACAGUCGAAGCAACAUCAAGCCAAACAUACUCUGUCGAGUCGGGAACUUCAAGCAGUUUUACCGUCGGGGCUUCUGUGAGUGCAGGGUUUGCGGCGCUUGGAGCUGAGUUUUCAGUUGAGCUUUCCACCGAGUACUCAACGUCAGGCUUCUACAACAGUGGAUACCAGAAAACUUGUCAAGAAAAAAUUACCACCGCUUUUCAGAUUACGUCCACGGUGCCUGCCGGAGUCAAAACAGUCGCCCGCUUUUCCAAGCGCACCGAGCCCCUCACGUUAAAGUGGGGAGCCACUAUCCAUGCAGAAGGCGAGAUCAAACUGAGUUAUAGUUUUGUAAAGUUUGGUUAUCUAUUAAGGCGAUACCCGCAGAAUGUUACAAUCUCUUUGACGCAGGUAGGUAGUGGUAGGACCUUGCCAGAAACCACUGAAGUAAAAGGAAAUUGCUUCCUACUAUAUGAACGUGGAGAUUUUGAAGCAAAAUUAAUGCCUUCAUCCCACAAAUCCUUUAUUUUUGUUUCAUUAUUGUCAGUGUAUAGCGGUAUUUUUCAGAGUCGCCUCCUGGGGUUCAGUAAAUAAUUAUUUGCAGUUUUGAGUGAUUCCAAGGGAAAACAAUUCACUUACUUCCCUAGCGACCAGUUAUUCAGCGAUUUACUUAUACCGCACAAUUGGGCCAUAGGAAAGUUCAAACGUGGAAAAGCUUUCAAAAACUUUGAAAAACCACUUCAUGAAACCUUAUUAAGGUAGCUCUCAAUCUGUUCCCACGAAUUUCUGUUAAACUAUGCAAAAAGUACUACUGUUUUAACUUGCUGAUCACAAUUCUUAAUUUAAAAAAUGGGGGUCACGAAGCUCAUUUCUGAGUUAUAAUCACUCAUAGCUUAAGUCUAGGGUGUUUUAACAGGUUAUAUUCUUGCUAUGGCAACCUGUCGAGAAAGUUACCAUAACGUAUUUACCAAUAGCAUUUGUUUGUUGACAUUGUUGUAUAGUAGCAACUUAUAAAAAGGGGUAGUAUUUACCCAUCAAAGCAUAAGUCCUGGAAAGUGCUGGAAACUUUUCUGAGUCACUUUAAUUGGGAACUAGCAAUAUUCUCAAACUUCCAAAGUUGAAGUGACUAUUUUAAUCCGUCCCAGGCAGCCUUAUUUGAGAUCUCGAAUAUUGAUUGGAUUAUAAGACAACAACUAAAAAGAUUGACUUUCUGGUAAAGAAAAGGACAACAGCUACGAGUUGUCGGCAUCGAAAUCCACCAGAACGAAAACCCCAGUCAAGUUCGACAGCGCACGAGCACCAUUCAUAACUUAGGCAUGGAGCUUAAACUGCCCAAUAAUUUUCUAAAAUGGCCCUACUCAUAGCUAAUCAGAUUAGACAAUAUUGUUGUAAUUAUGAUUAUGAUAAUUAUCGUCAUUACCUAAACGUAGCUACAAACCAACAUCUUUCACCUUUUCUUUUCUAUUUUUUUUAGGCAAUACCUUCUCGGCAAACAGUUUUUUACACCAUGGGGACGGUAAGAGCAGAGGCCAGGGUUGUUAUAUCGGCGAUGUUGGAGUCCUAUGAUGCGGAGGGAAACUUGAUCGAAUCAAAACCUGCGAACUCAUCACAAGUCAGUGAAGUUCGAACCAGUCGACAAAGAGACCCUGGCCAUCACCGUUCAUUCCGAAAGAUGAAUCCCAAGCACAAUAAAAACACACAUCGUGGGAAACACUAA